UCGUCAGGCAAGCGUUUCGUUGCACUCACGUCCCUCCCAUUCAGUCAACUCUGUACGAGGCGGGCAGUCAAGCGUCUUCACCGUGCAAAUCCCCAUCACACGUCAGAGACGACAUCAUUAUCUAAGGUUGAAUCAAGUAGGGAAGAAAGUUUUGCGACAGACAGUGUUGCCAAGCAGCUCCUAGGUAGUGGACCUAGUUAUUUCGCCCAGUUUAUCGCCCAGUUCUUACGGAUAUUAUUUUUUAUAGAUCAGCAAUGCCCCACACCGUGACAUUGAAUGGACCCUCACCGUGGGGUUUUCGACUGGUCGGUGGAAGGGACUUCAGUACACCGUUAACUAUUUCGAGGGUGACACCGGGCAGUAAGGCAGCACAGGGGGACCUGUGUCCUGGAGACACCAUCCUGGUCAUCAAUGGGGACAACACAGAGACCAUGACACACAUGGAGGCCCAGAACAGGAUCAAAGCCUGCAUUGGGGAGCUCACACUGGCCAUCUGCAGGUCAGGAGACAAAGUCUGGUCUCCAAAUGUUAUUGAAGAUGGCAAGACAAGUCCAUACAUGGCCACAUUGGAGUCUGAGUCACCACAGAAUUUCCGACCCAUUAGCACUGGAGCAAUGACCAGUGGUUACAGCAGCAGCUACAGCAGGGGGAACAACAGCAGCGGUUACAGCCGAAAACCCUCCUACACUCCCGAGCUGCCGCACCUCAACAACGGCACCUCCAAGCAGUCCAACCAUGCGCAGUACAACAACCCAGCCAGCCUGUACGCACACAACAACGGCAGCAACGGAGACAGAGACAGGGUCUUGCCAAAACAAAUGAGCGGCCUGAGCCUAGGGUCUCCUCACAGCCCUGAGCCUCCGAUGCGUUCUCCUAUGGGCCGUAAUGGAAACGGUCAUAGUUUUGAAGUCACCACAGAGUCAGAUGUGUACAAGAUGCUGCAAGACACAGAGGAGCCAGUCUCCGCACCCAAACAAUCAGGCUCCUUCAAAUACCUACAAGGCAUAUUGGAGGCAGAGGAUGGAGGUGUGUCCCCUACUGACAUGUCUGGAGUGAGAGGCCUUAGGACCCCGGACCGAUCCCCAAUCCCUAAACUGGGCAGCCCCAUCCCCGGCCACAUGGGCCCCAUGCCCGGCCUACAGAAACUCCCCCAGUGCACGCGCUGUGGCAACGGCAUAGUGGGAACCAUCGUGAAGGCCAGAGACAAACUGUACCACACAGAGUGCUUCAUGUGUGAUGACUGUGGCAUGAACCUCAAGCAGAGGGGCUACUUCUUCAUCGAGGAGAACUUGUACUGUGAGACCCACGCCAUGGCCCGCGUACAGCCUCCUGAGGGAUAUGACGUGGUCGCCGUCUACCCCAACUCCAAGGCAGAAACUCAAACAAGGACGGUUCAAUGCUGGUCUGACCAAUCAGAAUCCACACUUCCAAACUACCAGCCCUCCAGACUCCUACUGAACCCGAUGUCACAGGAACUCCAAAAAGAACAUCAAGGACAACAACCACCCGAGCCACUGCCUGUUCACCCCGCUAUCAUCCAGAAGUGGGAUGUGGUGUGUGAUAACGCGUACAAAGUUCCUUUGACCACAUCAAUUAACUACUUUGGUGCGCUUGUGGGAACAUUCAUCUCUGGCCAGAUGUCCGACAGGUUUGGAAGAAAGCCAGCACUCUUCACUACUAUAAUAAUCCAGGUUGUGGCCACAUUCGCACAAAUAUUCUCCCCAAACUGGGAGGCAUUCAGUAUUAUUUUCUUCUUUGUUGGUGCUGGAUCAGUCUCCAACUAUGUCAUAGCGUAUGUUCUUGGUAGGUUGAAAAUAAGCAUUCCUUGUAAGUACUGUAUCUCUUGUACAUUUGGUGAAUUUACUGAACUUGCAUAUCUGGUCCUAGGGACAGAAAUACUGAGCCCUGGAGUUCGAGUGGUAUUCUCCUCUCUCGGAGUUUUCCUGAGCUCUGCGAUUGGCUACAUGUUAAUGUCACCUGUGGCAUACUUCAUCCGUGAGUGGAGGUGGUUGCUGGUGCCCAUGGCAGGCUCUGGACUCAUAUACAUCCCUCUAUGGUGGGUCAUCCCAGAGUCUCCCAGAUGGCUGCUCUCUCAGGGAAGAGUUGAGGAGGCUGAGGCCAUACUGAGAGACGCUGCCAGGAGGAACAGAAUUGAAGCCCCAGAGGUCAUCUUCACUCCCUCAGAGGUAGAAGAUGCUCUGGCCAUGAAGGACAUGAAACACAACAUUCUGGAUGUCAUGAGGAGCAGCAACAUGCUCUCAAUCACAGUUCUGUGUUCCCUUCUGUGGAUGAUAAUCUCCUGUGGUUACUUUGCCCUAAUUUUGAACACAAACAACCUCAAUGGAAAUCCCUAUAUCAACUGCUUCCUGUCUGGAGUUGUAGAAGUGCCCGCCUAUUUCAUCGCCCUGGUGCUUCUCAGAUACUGUUCCAGACACUUAUGCCAGUCCUCCACUCUCUUCCUAGGUGGCACUGUUAUUCUCUUCAUUAACAUUGUCCCAACAGAUCUCCCAGGAGUGGCAAUCUUUCUGGAGAUGGUGGGGAAGUUUGCCAUCACCGCAGCAUUCUGUGUGGUGUACGCCGUCACGUCGGAGCUCUUCCCCACCGUGGGUAGGAACAUGGCUAUGGGGACGUGCUCCAUGGCAGCACGCACAGUCACCAUCCUCUCCCCCUUCAUCAUCUACCUCGGAAAUUACUACAAGUACCUCCCAUACAUAGUUAUCGGUAGCCUGGCAAUAUGUGGGGGUCUGUGCUGCUUCAGUUUACCUGAGACAUACGGGAGGGUGUUGCCAGAAACCAUCUCACAGAUGCAACAAAUCAAAGGGUGUCGAUGCAACACAGACCAAGAUACCAAAAACAUUGAUAGCAAAUCUGAGUUUCGGGAAGGAGUCUAAAUUGUUUUCUCUUGGAUGUGUAUUAAAACUAAAAAACAGUAUUCCGGAUUGAAAUUAUUAGCUAUCUUUUACUUUAUGAAAUUGUACAGUGCAUUCGGAAAGUAUUCAGACCCCUUGACUUUUCCACAUUUUGCUACAUUAAUAAUAAUAUAUGCCAUUUCGCAGACGCUUUUAUCCAAAGCGACUUACAGUCAUGUGUGCAUACAUUCUACGUAUGGGUGGUCCCGGGAAUCGAACCCACUACCAUGGCGUUACAAGCGCCAUGCUCUACCAACUGAGCUACAGAACCACAUUACAGCCUUAUUCUAAAAUUGAUUAAAUUGCUUUUUUUCUCUCAUCAAUCUACACACAACACCCCAUAAUGACAAAUCAAAAAGAGUUGUUUUUUUUGUUGAAAAAGAUAUCAACAUAUACUGAAAUAUGAUAUCUACAUAAGUAUUCAGAACCUUUAUACAGUACUAUGUUGAAGCACCUUUGGCAGCGAUUACAGCCGUGAGUCUUCUUGGGUAUGAUACUACAAUCUUGGCACACCUGUAUUUGGGGAGUUUCUCCCAUUCUUCUCUGCAGAUCCUCUCAAGAUCUGUCAGGUUGAGCGUCGCUGCACGGCUAUUUUCAGGUCUCUCCAGGGAUGUUCGAUCAGGUUCAAAUCCGAGCUCUGGCUGGGCCACUCAAGGUCAUUCCUAGACUUGUCCAGAAGCCACUCCUGCGUUAUCUUGGCUGUGUGCUUAGGGUCAUUGUCCUGUUGGAAGGUGAACCUUCGCCCCAGUCUGAGGUCCUGUGCGCUCUGGCAAAGGUUAUCAUCAAGAAUCUGUCUGUAAUUUUGUUCAUCUUUCCCUUUAAUCCUGACUAGUCUUCCAGUCCCUGCCGCUGAAAAACAUCCCCACAACAUGAUGGUGCCACCACUAUGCUUCACCGUAGGAAUGGUGCCAGGUAUCCUCCAGACGUGACUUUUGGCAUUCAGGCCAAAGAGCUCAAUCUUGGUUUCAUCAGACCAAAGAAUCUUGUUUGGUCUGAGAGUUCUUUAGGUGCCUUUUGGCAAACUCCAAGUGGGCUGUCAUGUGCCUUUUACUGAGGAGUGGCUUCCCUCUGGCCACUCUACCAUUAAAGCCUGAUUUGUGGAAUUCUGUAGAGAUGAUUGUCCUUCUGGAAGUUUCUCCCAUCUCCACAGAGGAACUCUGAAGCUCUGUCAGAGUGACCAUCAGGUUCUUGGUCACCUCCUUGACCAAGGCCCUUCUUUCCUGGUUGCUAAGUUUUGCCAGGCAGCCAGCUCUAGGAAGUCUUGGUGGUUCCAAGCUAUAUGGGCAGUUCCUUCGACCUCAUGGCUUGGUUUUUGCUCUGACAUGCACUGUCAACUGAGGGACCUUAUAUAGACAGGUAUGUGCCUUUCCAAAUCAUGUCCAAUCAAUUGAAUUUACCACAGGUGGACUCCAAUCAAGUUACAGAAACAUCUCAAGGAUGAUCAAUAGAAACAGGAUGCACAUGAGCUCAAUUUAAAAUCUCAUAGCAAAGGGUCUAAAUAUGUAUGUAAUAAGGUAUUUCAGUUUAUUUUAUUUUAUAUAAAUUAGCAAAAAUGUCCCAUUAUGGGAUAUUGUGUGUAGAUUGACAAGGAACAAAAUGCAUUUAAUCCAUUUUAUAGUAAGGCUGUAAUGUAACAAAAUGUGAAAAGAAGUGAAUACUUUCUGAAUGCACUGUAUACUGCAGAAAUGUUCCAUAUGCACAAAAAGCUUAUUUAUAUCAAAUUGUAUACACAAAUCUGUUUACAUCCCGGUUAGUGAGCAGUUCUCUUUUGCCAAGAUAAUCCAUCCACAUGACAGGUGUGUCAUAUCAACAUGCUGAUUAAAAAGCAUGAUAAUUACACAGGUGCACCUUGUGCUGGGGACAAUAACAGGCCACUCUAAAAAUGUGCCGUUGUGUCACACAACACAAUGCCACAGAUGUCUCAAGUUUUGAGGGAGCAUGCAAUGCAACAGUCAUGCUGACUGCAGGAACGUCCACCAGAGCUGUUGCUAAAUACUUUUAUAUUGUAUUCUCUACCAUUAGCCUCCUCCAAUGUUGUUUUAGAGAAUUUGGCAGUACGUCCAACCAGCCUCACAACCACAGACCAAGUGUAUGGUGUCGCCUGGGCGACCGGUUUGCUGAUGUAAACGUUGUGAACAGAGUGCUCCAUGAUAGGGUUAUGGUAUGUGCAGGCAUAAGCUACUGUACGGACAACAAACACGAUUGCAUUUUAUCGAUGGCACAGAGAUACCAUGACAAGAUCCUGAGGCCCAUUGUCGUGCCAUUCAUCCGCCGCCAUCUCCUCAGGUUUCAGCAUGAUAAUGCACGGCCACAUGUUUCAAGGAUCUGUACACAAUUCCUGAAAGCUGAAAGUGUCCCAGUCCUUUUCUGGCCUGCAUACUCACCAGACAUGUCACCCAUUGAGCAUGUUUGGGUUGCUCUGGAUCGAUGUGUACAAUAGCGUGUUCCAGUUCCUGCCAAUAUCCAGGAAUUUCGCACAGCCAUUGAAGAGGAGUGGGACAACAUUACACACAAUCAAUAGCUUGAUCAACUCUAUGUGAAGGAGGUGUGUCGAGCUGCAUUAGGCAAAUGGUGGUAACACCACAUACUGACUGGUUUUCUGAUACACGCACCUCCCUUUUUUAAAGUUAUCUGUGACCAGGAGGUGCAUAUCUGUAUUCCCAGUCAUGUGAAAUCCAUAGAUUAGGGCCUCACAAAUGUAUUUCCAUAUAUGAACUCAGUAAAAUCUUUGAAAUUGUUGCAUGUUGCAUUUAGAUUUUUGUUCAGUAUAUAUAGCCAAGUUAACCUUACUCAUUGUGUUUCUAUUUGAUAAAAUCGUCUGGUACAUGG